AUGUUGAACGCUCGCCUAUUUAUCUUCGGGCUAUCCUUGUUUAUAUUGCAAACGGAGUCGCUGAACUACGAGAAAUGUAAAAUACCACCACCGGAGAGGCACUGCAUUAUCGAGUCUGUUGUGGAACACCGAUGGCCUCAUACUAAACGAUAUUUCUUCAACUGGGACUCGCAAAAGUGCAUCCUGAUAAGAUGGGCGAACCACUGCGAGCUGCCACCUCCGGACGUCAACAACUUUGGCAGCGAACUCAUCUGCAGAGACGUCUGUAGUGGCUGGGCG